ACUGCAACGCUGAAAUGACCUUUAUUGGAGUAAUUUGACAAGCAGCGGCGGUGGCGGCGGCUCCAACCUUCGCGUCGUUAAUGUCUUCCUGCCGUUAUUGACGACUGUCAACAAGCGGGGCUUUAAAUAUUUGCUGCUAAUCCCGUGGGAACGGGCAGCUGGCCGCUCGGAAUGGGAGGCAAUGGGAGCAAAGCGAGGAACGUGUCUUUCGGACUGGACGAAGACGAGAAGGUCACAGUGGUUGAAGGAGUGAAGCUUUCCGAGGAUGUGCUCCGGCGGAUGAGGGAAUCUCAGGGAUCGGAAAGAGUUGGUCCUUCUCCGCCUGCUCCAGACGGUCACAAGACGUCAUCGAGUGCGAAACCUGCAGAACCUUCAGCUUCAGAGACACGAGAAGAGAUGCGUAAAAACUACGAGCGUCAGCAGGCUCUGGUGCAGGAGCAGCUGGCCAAGCUGGCCCAGAGGGAGAGGGAGGCUGCAGCCGUCGCCGACAUGGAGAAGAGCAGCCCCGCUGUCGUCAUGGAGAAAUGGAGAACUCAUGAGGAGCAGGAAAAGGCCAAGUUGCUGCCAGCAGAUUUGGACGCGUGGGCUAGGCGGUUGGAGCGCAAAGAGCAGGAGCUGGCCACCGUUUCCAGUUUCUACAAAGAACAAUUAGAAAUACUGGACAAAAAAAAAACUUGGAGAACUACAAGCAGACAGCUGAACAAUACUGCAAGGCUGCAGCAAAAACUGAGGCCCGGAUACGGCCCCGGCACAGUGCUUCUCUGUGUACCGAGCUGCAGGCCAAGGUCCUUGAAUGCUACAGAGAACACCCACAGCAGACACUGCACUGCUCCAGCCUGGCCAAGCAGUACAUGGACUGUGUUCAACAAGCAAAGAAGAGCUCUUUGACAAAUCACGGCUGAGAAAUGGAAGAAUACCUGGAACACGGAGAGCAGAGACGAAACGAAGAAACAGAAAUCAUGCCAAUCCGUCCACACGCUACUUUUUUCCCCCUCUUCUUCUUCUGACUCUACUUUUUUUUCUAACUAAUUGUCCAUACAUUAGUUUGGCCACCCUUAUGUACUGACUCCCAUUUCUUUCACAUUCCCUAUUUUUCUUGUUUUCUUUUUUUCUGAAUCUAAUAUGUGUUGAUUUAAUUCCAAGUCCUGCCAGAGCGUCUUCUGCUUAAAUAAAUUCUCAUAAUCCGGUGGUGA